AAAAGGAAGCUCUGGAUAGAGGAUAUUGGGGCCGCAUUUAUUUACCGUCCAAUUCAAUAGGGCCUUACGAUAAGCUUCUUUAUCCUAGUGAGUUAGUAUAAGAGGAAGUUCAUGUUAAGUUUGGCAAUGAGAUCCCCGGAUCUACCGCAAACUACCUCCAACAACAAACUUCGGCGUGACCGAGCAAAUAAACGCACCCAGCACUUCAGAAGUUAUCGAACAUUGUUUUUCCCUUUGAAAAAUGGACGAUUGGCAAAAUAAUGUGAAAAGCUUGGCGCAACGGGCAAAAUUUCUUUUGCACAAUCAAAUUCUUUGUGACUGCACUUUCCUUCUAAGUGGAGAAGAGAUAAAGUGUCACAAACUUUUUUUGGCAAGUACAAGUCCAGUGUUCUACACAAUGUUUUAUGGCCAGCUCCCUCAGCCAGACAAACCAAUUAUCAUUACAGAUAUUGAAGAGAAUAUUUUUCAUGACAUGUUAGGUUAUAUUUAUGAAGAUAAAUUGGAACUAACGAAUUACAAGCAUGCCUGUCAAGUAUACAAUGCAGCACAAAAAUAUAUAAUUCUACCCCUUCAACAAAGUUGUCUCAUGUAUAUGAAAAAGUGUCUCAAUCAUGAAAAUGUAAUUCAUUUAUAUGAAUUUGCAAAAUUCCAUGGUGAAGAUGAUCUGGCCAAACAUUGCCUAAAGGAAAUUCAACUAAACACAUCCAACAUUUUACAAAGUAAAGCAUUUUGCUAUGCAUCAUUCACAACUUUAAAUACAAUUUUGGAUUUGAACAGGCUGAAUAUCUCUUCAGAAAUGGAAUUAAUAAAAGCAAUUGAUAAAUGGGCUAAUUUUAAUUCUUCAAAAAAAGACACUAUGUCACCAAAAAUUAUUGCUAACGAAUUAAUAACAAAAUUGAGGUUACUUACUGUAUCCCAAAAUGAAUUUUUUACUGGGAUAUCAGAUUCACGACUGUUGAAUGAUAGUGAGAAACUUGCUGUUCUUAUGCGUAUUAUUAAGCCAGAUUUUCCACCGAUGGAAAAUGGACUGUGUGAAAAGAAGAUAAAAAGGAAACCAUGUAAAGCCAAGUCGAUUUCAACCCUUGACAUACAAGAUCAGAGAGAAGCAAGGUUUGAUGGGAGUGAAUGGUUCACUUCAAUUUUUACAGUCAACACUUCAAUCGAUCUAAUUGGAGUUGUGAUCAAUCUUCAAAUAAAUGAUAUGCCUGGGGAGUACAAGGAAAAUAUAAUGGUCAAAGUUGGCAUGGCAAACAGCCAAGAUUAUUUCACCGAAGGGAGCCUAUACGGCCAUGUUAAGUAUAACAGCAAAGCAGAAAUUUUGUUCAACACAAUUUCAACCCUUGAUCCUUUCAAAGAAUACUCAAUGCACAUAUUUUUAUGUACCUCUGGGAUUUAUGCUAUUGGCACCCAUUCUCAGCGUAUUUGUAAAGAUGCAAAUGUUGAAAUUGAUUUUCUAUCCCAUUCCUCGUGGGAAAGAUCCCACCCAUGGAACACUACAGUGCUAUCAUCAAUUAUAUAUACAGAUCCAAUAUGAGUGGAUCCACUUGAAUUUAGUUUUUCAGUAUGAUAAGAAUAAUAAUUAUUUAUUCUCAUGUUCAAAAAAUGAGUAUAGAAUAAAUGAUAUGUUAAUA